GUAUCUUUGACUUCAAAUAGUGCUAACCACAGCCACUCUUAAUCAUGGUAGCGCUGCUCGUUGUUGUUGCUCUUUUUGCCACUGCUGGCGCAAUGUCACCUGUACAACGUCCUGAUCAUGAAUGUGGCCCCGUCUGCUUUAUCUAUUGUCCUUUUGGGAACGUUGAAGACGAGUACGGAUGCCCCUUGUGUGAUUGUCUACCACCCCCAGAACCCGAAUGCCCUCCAGUCUGCAUGAUGUACUGUCCAUUCGGGAACGUCGAAGAUGAAAACGGAUGUCCAAUCUGCGAAUGUCAGCCACAACCCGAAUGCCCUCCAGUCUGCAUGAUGUACUGUCCAUUCGGGAACGUCGAAGACGAAAACGGAUGUCCAAUCUGCGAAUGUCGCACACCUGCACUCUAUUAAAUUAGAGACAGGACAGAUGUUGCAGUAUGCACCUGACGGAAUUGUGAGACCGGAUGUGCAGGACCGGAUGGGCGGAACGGAUGUAAAGAAGAAGCAAAUGCUCCAAUAACGCUGAUUGGUCAUCAGUCUUUAAAAAACAUUUCAGCGAAGAAACGAGGCCAAUAGCAGCAGAACGACAACAAAUGAAUAUCAUUAACAAACGGUAUCAAAGCAUCAUAGUAACGCCUGUUAGAUUUGCACCUUAUCAUGCAAGUUUGUUCGAUAAGUGGAGUGUCUCUGAAUGUGUCAGUAGAAAUAAAAUCAAUGAACAUGUAUCAACACGUUUGAAACCAGUUCGAACUCUGCUUUUUUUUCUCAUAUUGUACAUUGUAAUAUAACCAUCCAUGUUCGGCGUAUGUUCAGUCUUACCUAAUUCUCCUUAAACGUUAUAAAUUGCAAAUAUUUAUGCAUUGAUCAUGAACGGUUAGAAUGAAACCCUAACUAAGGUAAACUAAUAGGGCUCAUGCUGGCUUGCUCUCCUGCCCUAUGAGGGAAGGUGUGCAGCAACGUGCGGAUGGUCAUGGGUUUCUCCCGGGCUCUGCUCAGUUUUCUCCCACCAUAAUGCUGGUCGACGUCGUAUAUGUGAAACAUUCUUGAGUGCGGCGUAAAACACUAAUGAAAUAAAUAAAUAAACUAAACUGA